AUGGUGACCGAAAAUCUACCUGAAAGAGCUUAUUGUGCUGAUUUGGGAUAUCCUAUAGCGAUUUUCGGUACGGCAUCAAGACGUUUCGUUAUUUAUAAUCUAGAAGGAACUCCGUCAUUGUUGGGCACUAUUGUAUCUCCAAGUGCACAUCAACAUCGUUGCAUAGCUAUAUUCAGGGAUAAAGUUACAAAAUCUCCUACUGGUUUUGGUUUUGGGGAUUGCUCAGGACGUUUAGGUAUUUUUUUAAACAUUAAUAAACAGCAAGGUCAAAGAGAAUAUUUUUCAUUUAAAUGUCAUCGUCGUAAUAUCCUGGGAGUGCGUACCACGCGAAACAUUUAUGCCGUGAAUGAUAUUAAGGUUCAUCCAGUCCAUGGUACAAUAGCAUCUGCAGGAUCUGAUGGCACAUAUGCAUUUUGGGAUAAGGAAAUACGUACAAGAUUAAUGGUAUCCAAUAUACUGGACCAACCAAUCACAAAAUGUUGUUUUAAUAGCAAUGGUCAAAUAUUUGCUUACAGUUCUGGAUAUGACUGGUCAAGGGGUCAUGAGUAUUAUAAUGCAGCUCAAAGGCCGAAGAUAUUCUUAAGACCAUGCUUUGAGGAAAUGAAACCCAAGAUGGUACCUGUCUUAGAUUAA